AUGUUGUAUGAUCCAACCACUUAUAAAGGAAUAAAAGGUGGCACCUAAUUCAAUGAAACUGAAUUCUUUUAAGCCAUAGCCAAUAAAGCCCCUAAAAGCAGGUCUAUUCAAUCCAAUUUAAGGGUUAAAAAUCAAACAAAGGUUCUUUUUAGCAACUAAAAAUAAUCUACUUAAAGUGCAGAAAAAAAGUACAGAGUACCAAAAAUAAAAUCUCCUUUAAAAUUCAAAGCCUAUUAAUAAAGUGAAUCUUCUUGCUCUUUAAAUUGUGAGGAAUAUAUUUCGAAAAUAAAAGAAUGGAAUUAAAAUAUCAGGAAUAAGAUAGCAAAAACACAAUAGUCUUCUCCACCUAAGAAAGGCAUACUCGACUAAUGCAUUGACUCAUAUAUGAAGAAAUAGAAAUUUAAACAAAUUAUGACAUGA